GACGCCUCUAAUUUCAUGGGUCAUUGAAGAAGAUGGGAUUCGGUGCAGAUCUAAGGCCCAAACUUCACACUUGAAUUCUUCAAGUUUAAACUCUUUCUUCCUCUUUAACCUAAAACCCUGCAACGCUCAAUAAUCUAAUUUCUGCCUGAGGCCGUCGCCAUCUCUGCAAAUUUUGUAAAAAAAAAAUGAUAAAGAGGAGGUUUUAUAAAUUUGAACAUGCGGACAAAGAUAAUGUGUCGGAUUCAUCUUCAUCGUCUUCGGACUCUGAACUUGAAGUGGAAGCCUCGGAAGAAUCUGAAUCAGAACCAGAACAAGAAGUUGCUGCUCAAGUAAAUCAAAACAAUCAAGCUUGCUCCUCUUCUUCCGGAUAUGAAAGCGAGGAUAGCUCAGCGAAUGAAGUUGGUGUGGACUCGGCAGGUCUUAUAGAUGAUGAUAAUGAUGAAAGUGAAGAUGAUAAACAAAUAUUUAUCACCAAUAGGUUACAUGCUGAACAUGGUGCUCAAAUUCGGGGAAAAAAGUGGGAUGUCCCAUGCAACAAAGAACCGCUGCCAGAUGAUUUCCCAGCCUGUAUACUGAAAUGCAAGUCAGUUUUUAAGUGCAAGUUAUGCCCAAGGAUUGUCUGUUUGAACGAGGAGACUGUUAGGGCUCACUUUAAUUCCAAGAGGCAUGCUCGAUCUGAGAAAUUACUAAAGGAAGGUAGACUGAAGACUAUGCUUAACAGUGAUGGGGAAAUUGAGAAUCAGGAGACUGCUGCAGAAGCGCAUUCUCCAGUUGUGGCUAUUGAACAGGAUAAACAGAAAACAAAACAUAAAGGAGGACGCCAUCGAAGGGGUAAGGGUUCAAAAAGGAAGAGAAUGAGAGAUGAAAAGCAGUCUACAAAAGAUGGAGCCAAAAGGGGGCGUAAGGACGAAAACUGAAAGCUGUUAAAAGAAUAGACGGGGAGAGCGAAGUAAGAAAUAGUUUCCUUCUAGUUUUGCAGAAGAGAGUUAUGUAAUGCAACCAACUAACCAUAUUCCCAUGGUAAUUUUGGGGUUUCCAUAUGCUUUUUCUUGUUUUCUUUUAAACGCAUUGGCAACUUACCGAGUCCUCUUUUGAUUUCAUUGUUUGAAAGCCUUGUUGAGCUCAUUCAUUCAUAGUUA